AAAAACUAUGGGCUUGGCAGCGGAGAGAUUUCAGUUUUCACUAGACACAGCAAGAGAGGUGACAAGGACUGCAUCGGAUAGUGACUUUCUCUCACUCUAUCCAACAAUCAGCAAAGACUUGAAAUUGUUGGCAGAUCAGAGUAUGCCUAGAGUUGACAACAGGCUUGCAUUCCUGAAGUUCAAGCAGAGUGAGGGUGUUGGUGGCAUCAGUCUGGGUGAGGUGGUGGUGGAAAGCAAAUGGGAGCUGUGUCGGGAGUUUGGUAAAUGGGGAAGCGGUCCACGAGACUUCGAUGUGACUUGGGGCAUAGCUGCUCGUCGACCUGAUGAGAUUGCAGUGACUGACGUCGACAACAAACGAGUUAUGAUUUGCAGCAUUGAUGGCAACCAGAAAAGCACGAUACCGAUGCAAGGGCAUCCACGCGGCAUCGCAGCUACACGCAGCGACAAUCGCUUGGUGGUUGUUGAGGAAGGUGCAUCCCAUGUGAAGGUGUUCAACAGCGACAACACGCUGGCAUACGAGUUCCCAACGGUGCCACCGAGUGAGGUUGGUAAGACCACGGUUGACCUCCGGAGCGUAGCUGUCAAGAAUGAUGGUACCAUUGCAGUGGGAGAUGUGGCGAGGAUGGUAUUGACAGUGCACAGCCCCACUGAUGGUGUGCUCCUUCAUACCAUACCAGUCAAGAUUAAACCUCAUUUUCUGGCUUUUGACAGCAAUGAUCGAGCGAUAAUAAGUGACUAUGAAUCAAAGACAGUGGAUAUUGCCGGUGGCAAUGGUACUACAAAACGCACCUUCAAACCCACCAUCAAUGGUCAACCAGUGAGAUGCUGCAACGGUGUAUGCACUGAUGGCUCAGGUAUCUAUGUUGCAAUGCAUAUUGGUGAUUACAAAGGUCAUAUCCACCACUAUGACCCUCAAGGUGGCUUUCUCAAGUGCAUCGCACAGGGUCUGCACUUACCCCUGGGAAUCACACUUACAUUAGAUGAGCAGCUGGCAGUGGCUGACUACUCCUCAGUCAAAAUUUAUCACCAGGUGUGAUACAACAUUGUAAUCAGUCAUGUCAAUUUCGCAUCAUUUGAGACAUGUUGAUAGAAAAAGUAAAGAGCGGUCCUAUCACAACAAUGAAUUAAAAGUUUUAGAUUAUUGAUACAUCACGUAUUAUACAAAAAAAAAACCGUGUACGGUAUUGGAUUGCAUGUGUUACCUGUAUUAUUUUGACUUUCUGAUCAAUCGAUCGAUUUUGUCCACAAAAGUGGGCGGUUGUCUUAACUUCAUCAGGUAUAAUUAUAAUGAGUCACCUUUGCAGUUCAUUCAAAAGAAAAAAAGAUAAGAUAAAAAAGUUUACAUUAAAUCAAUCCGGUGAUAAUUUUGAAAAAGCUUUAUGAAUCAAAUUGAAGAAGAAAAACUCUAAAAGCAAAUAAGGUUUUUAAUUCAUGUAUAUUAACAUUCAUCCUCAGCUCAAGUACUGUAAGGAUAAACAAAUUAAAACGCUAUUCAAGAGAAAACUUGAAAUACCACGAUUACAGUUUUGUUUCAAUAUCAAUUUUUCUGAUACGUUAGAUGUAUUUCGUUUUUCAACAAACAACACACUGGUUCUGACAACUGAGGGUGUCAAUGUGAUAUGAAUACAAAUUGUAGCCCAUUGGCAAAAUUAUGUAUGUGCACAAUAUACGCUCAUUGACCAACUGUGAGAGACUAUUUAAACAAUGAAACUCCAGAAAGACAACAACAAAAAUGAAUUCGGCCCGAAAGCCUAGCAGGCCUAUAUCGCAAUAGUUCUGGCAAAC